AUGGCGGCUCCCCUGCCAAGGGUGUUUGAGGAAUCAGCAGGUGGAAAGGCGGUGCCUGUUCCAACAGCACCGGGCCAGAAUGGAAACAUUGGAGGGGACUUCAGGGCAGACGAGCUUGUGAGGGUGUCCAAGGACACUUCCAAGAAGCUGGAGGCGGAAGUGCUGGCGCCCAUGGCCAGGUGGACAACAGCUUACUCGACAGGGAGGAUGAAGCGGCUGGAACAGGUGCGGCUGGAGGUGGAUUCCAGGCGGCACACAGUGACGGGGCUGGGGCAUCAAAUCGAGAAGCAGAGGGCCAAAGUGACCCCUGGGGGCGCCAGUACCGCACAGAAGGCGGAGAACCAGAUGGACCAGACCAUCAGGAAAAUGCAGCACAAGGAGAACAAGCUCGCAGCGGCGCGGCAGUCGUUCAAGGAGCAGGAGGCGCUGGUGUACCAGCAGCUGGCGCAGCUCAUCCGCGACGGCGUCUGGCUCAAGAGCUACCUCGCAGCUGUCAUGCGCCUGGAGCAGGAGGCCUUCCAGGCGUCAUACGCGGCCCUGGGACCGAGCAAGGCGCAGCUGCCGCUGCCGCCCAUGUCACCUGACGGCAUCACCAGCACAGUGCCCCCCACCUCAGAGCCGGCCGGAGUCUCCAUCCCAGCCAGCCGCCCCUUUGACGCAGCGCAGGCUGCUAACGUGACCGGCACUCUGGGCCCCAAGGUGACUGGCAAGCGGCUGGCCGCCACCGGCAAGGAGAAUGGCGUCGGCCUGGCCUCGUCAGCCUACUCCGCCAAGGACGAAAUGCCGGCAGCGCCCACGCAGCAGCACCGGCGCACCGAGUCCCGCGGCUACGACCGUUACGGGGAGCAGAACUACGGCGCCAGAGGGGAUCCCGUGCCCGCCUGGUAGAUUUGCCCGCGCAUGCUGCCGGCCGCUGCAUUCGGGGUUAAUGCAGUGUGCUGCAGCGCCGGAUGUUAAAGCACAGAGCUGGGGAUGAUGUUGGAUCUGCCCAGGCUGGAGCAGAAUGUAUGAGCUGGCAACCUUGUGAUGGUCAGUUGGGUCAGAGGAUGGAGACUGCUUUUGCGAAAUCGAGUGCCGCGUAAAGGCAAGGAAUGCAGAAAGGCAGGGAUGAGGAAAAUGCCAAGGGGGUAUUGCGGGUUUUCCUGUUGGGUACUUCAUUAUUGUGGGAUUGCUGGUGGGGAAGCAGGUCCCACUCUCAAUGCAACGAAUGAGAGGCAAGCUGCAUUUGACUUGAAAGGUGACUCGUGGAGAUAUUGGGAGGCAUUAUGAGACUCCGAUGUUCAUGGUCCUGCUUCUCAGAAUGACUGGGUCAAAGCUGAUGAAACUCCUGCACGGGAAUGUCUGCCACAUGAGCUGCUUUCCUGGGCCUCACCAGGACGCUGGCUGGGUGCCAAAGAUGGUCAGCUCUAGAGUCAUGACAUCUUGGUAGGAUCCUUAGUAGAAGUCGGACUCCACUCAGCAGGCUGCUCCUUUAAAUUGCGGUCCAAUCGGC